AUGAGAGAAGGAACAGACACUGACUGGCUUUACACAUUCAACAGGAACGGUCGACCAGUUGUCUCCUUCAAUACAGACAACUGGUACUCGCUUAACCUGACGGCUGACUUGAGCGGUGAUUAUCAGUGCACUGGUCGUCACAAGGUCUCAACAAAGUUGACCAAACAGAGUAACAAUGUCACUCUGUCUGUAUCAGCAGGAAGACCUGUGGCCACUCUGAGAGCAAGCAGGACAACGAUACCAGUAGGGGGCACUCUGACACUGACCUGUUCUGUGGAAGGCUCUGCUGGAUGGAAAUAUGACUGGUUCAGACGUAUCUCAGAUUCCCAUGAAACUAUAAUCGUUACGAAUGGUAUACAAAACAUCAAUAUCUCACAAAACGGUAUCUACCGUUGCCGGGGAGGAAGAGGAAAGCCAGUUUUCCUCACAGAGUACAGUGAUGACUUUCGCACUGAGAUGACUUUGUCCAAUAGGAUCUCUGUGACCCUGCAACACAGCUGGACUAAGGUAUUCAGCGGUGAGACGAUCACUCUUGUAUGUAAGAUCAAGACAGGUGGAGACACUGAGUGGGUGUACGAAUGGAGAACAACCAGCUCACACACACCUCCAACACACCGUGAGUACAGGAUCAGCAGUGUUUCUGUUUCCCACAGUGGACGCUACUGGUGUAAGGGUAGAAGGGACUCGUAUUCCUCAACAGAGUGGAGUAAUGCCCUCCAACUAAUAGUAUCAUCAUAUAGACCCAGGCCCAAAGUUAUGGUACAGAAGAGAACCAUAUCAGAAGGUGGCAACCAAAUACUGACCUGUGAUAUGGAGGACUCUGCUGAGUGGAAAUACUACUGGUUCAGACGUACCUCUGUCUUUUCUGAAAGUCAGAUCAUUAGAGAUGGUAAACCUGAGACAGUACUCAGUGUCUCACAAGGAGGCAUCUACCACUGCAGAGGAGGGAGAGGAAAUCCAGUUGUCUUCACAGAGGACAGUGAUGCAGUCACUAUUGAGAAAAGAGUUUCCAACAAGGCAGUCGUGACUUCGCAACCCAACUGGCCUCUGAUAUUUAGUGGUGAAACCAUCACUGUAAUCUGUGAUAUUCACGAAAGAGGAAACACUGUGUGGGAGUAUGAGUGGAGCAAACCCAACUCAAACACAACUCUAACAGACAACAAAUGCAGGAUUAGCAGUGCUACUGUGUCCGACAGUGGAAACUACAGGUGCAUGGGUAAAAAGAAAUGGGACUUGUAUUCCUCAACAGAGUGGAGCGAUGUCAUCACAUUGACAGUUUCAUCACACAGACCAAAAGCCAACCUGAGUGCUGACAGCAGAGCCUUUCCAGCAGGGGGCAGUGCGACCCUGACCUGCUCUGUGAACCCACCAUCAUUUGGUUGGAAAUACUUAUGGUUCAGAGAGCAGACAACCUUUCAACACCUGACCACACAAGAAUUUGUCUUCCUCUCAAAUGGACAAAUCAGUGUCUCACAGGAAGGACUGUACACGUGCAUUGGAGGAAGAGGAGAUCCAAUUUACUACACAGAGUACAGUGACUCAGUCAGAAUUUACAAAAUUGCUACAAAAGGGGCUGUAGUGACCAUGCAACCCAACUGGCCUGAGUUAUACUCUGGAGAGACGGUCACUCUUAGAUGUGAGAUCCAGGGAAGAGACACUAAGUGGGAGUACGAAUGGAUGACAACCAGUUCAUUUAAGCCUCCAAACCAGAAUGAAUACAGAAUUAGUUCUGUCUCUCCAUCACACAUUGGAGACUACUGGUGUAAGGGCAGACUGGAAAGGGCACAACAGAAUUCAACAGGGUGGAGUAUUUCCUUCAAACUGACAGUGUCUUAUAAACCUCAGCCUGUCCUCACUGUGUCUCCAUUAUGGCUGAGUCCUGGAGCCUCAGUAACUCUGAACUGCAGUGUUAAACAUCCAUCUGCAGGAUGGAGGUUCUUCUGGUAUAAGGCUGUUCCCAAACUGUCAGACAACUCCUACAGCUAUGAGCUGAUACCUGGCAGCAUCAAUGGGACUAAACAGGAUUCCUACAUUGUUGAUGGACAGACACACACAGCAGGAUAUGUGUGCAGAGCUGGAAGAGGAGAUCCAGUGUAUUAUACUCAUUACAGUCAACCUAAGUUUGUCUGGUCUGGAGAUGUUCGAUCAGCAGCGUCUCUCACAGUGAGUCCUCAUAGAGUGCAACACUUCGCAGAUGACUCUGUCUUACUGAGCUGUGAGGGAAACUCUACUGAGUGGCAAGUGAAGGGGUUUUUUGAGGACGGCUACUUGCCAUACUUGCCAUACUGCCCUUCCAGGGGGACAAUGACUGGAUUCACAUGCUAUAUAGACCCUAACCAUCUCUUGGGCCGUACUGCUGUAUACUGGUGUGAGUCUGGAUCAGGGGAGUUCAGCAAUGGCGUCAACAUCACAACAAAUUAUGAUGUUAUCCUGGUGAGCCCUGUCCAUCCUGUAACUGAGGGAGAUUCUGUUACACUUGGCUGCAAGCUAAGGACAGAAGAAUUACUUUCCAAUGUCGCUUUCUACAAAAAUGAUGAACUGAUUCAAAAUAAUGACAGAGUGGACCUGAAUAUAUCUGAAGUCUCAAAGUCAGACGAAGGCUUCUACAGCUGUAAAUACUCAGGAAAAGUGUCACGACAGAGUUGGAUGUCAGUAAAAUGCUCAUCCAGUCUCAGAGAACCAAUCAGAGCUCUGCUACAGUCGAAACUGUCUACCAAGCUGGAAAUCAACAGCAGCUAUACUCCUCUCUUCUCCAUGGUUGUCAUUCCGGUGCCCCCUGGUGCCAGGUGCCUAUCCAACAGUCCAUCAGGUGACAGGGGGCGGAUGAUGAUGGCAAUGGCGAGGGAUGGGGCCCCCUCAUCAUCCGGUGUUCCUCCAGAUGAUGGGGGGUGGGCCCCCCGCCAUCUGACAGUCCUACAGAUGACAGGGAGCACUUCUGUAACACUCCCAGGACUGUCAGAUGGCAGGGGGCCUCAUCCCCCAUCAUCUGGAGGAACACUGGAUAAUGGGGGGCCACACCCCUCGCCAUUUGAUACACUAUCUGAUGGCGGGGGGGCCCUGUCGCCUGAUGGACUGUUGGAUAGCAGGGAACCACUCAGGUGGAAUGACAACCUGGAUAAAACAUCUACAGGACACAUGACCACAACAUCACAUGACGGUUCUGAUGAUGACGACAGACGCAGUCGUCGAAACUGUCAAGAGACAAAAAGGCCUGUUGUGACCUUACAACCCAACUGGCCGAGGAUAUACAUAGGAGAGACGAUCGCUCUCAGAUGUGAGAUAAAGAAGGGAGGAGGCACCGACUGGGAGUACGAAUGGAGAACAACCAGCUCGAUAAAACCUCCAAAUGAAAAUCCGUAUAACAUGAAUUCACCUCAGCCUGACCUCACUGUGUCGCCAUCAUGGCUGAGUCCUGGAGCCUUAGUAACUCUGAACUGUAAGGUUGAACGUGCAUCUGCAGGAUGGAGGUUCUACUGGUAUAAGGGCAUUCGCAAACAGUCAGAAAAUGUCUACACUUACAAGCCUCUACCUGGUAGCAUUAAUGGGACUGAAGAGGAUUCCUACAUUGUCCAUAUGAACAUUGUUUGGUCUCCCCCAGAGCUCUCCAUCCGUCCGCAGGUGGAGGUUUGA